AUGUUGUUUCCUUUGAACGUUGUACAGUCUUGCUUUUUAAUGCCUAGGUUCAGCAUCAUUAACAAUUUCAUCACUCCUGACAACCACGUGUCGUUCUAUAUACAGUCCAUCAUCGGUUGUGAAAUGAUAGAAAAACAAUUACCUACGUUUUCCGUCUUCUUGCAUUUUCCAGGCAUGCGCAAGACUUGCAAGAACGUGUUGCGGCUGAACCGCGCGUCGCUGCGCAAGAUGUCGGCGUUCGGCGUGUUCGAACUCGACGCAACGUUCCCGUUGCGGCUGUUCAGCGUAAUCGUGGUCUACACCGUCGUACUGCUGCAGUUUGCCUUUUUAUCGUAA